CUGUCCGAAUCGCACGAACGAGCUUUGCCGCGGUGCCACGCGGAGCCAUGUUCCAAUGGCGCCACGCGGAGCCCUCGGGCGGCGCUUGGUGCAUCGGCACUGGGGGAGAUGGACGGGCAGCUGUCCAGCGCAAGUGGGUCUCAGUGACGGUGGAGAGUCUUUGGUGAAAGAAAGUGGUCAUCCACCAACAGCGGAAGUGCGAGAACAUGGACCAGAAAAGGAGCCAGAGGCGGUCGCCCAAAAGCAGGAUCAAGGCGCUUUAAAGGAAGCUCAAAGGCGAUCUGCCACAAGCGAGCUGAACAAGAAGAGAAAGCUGAGGAAGUCGAAGUCGCAAGAUGUUCCUUCAAAGCUGGUGAAACUGGAGGAACUUGUAAGCCAAUUAUCUCCAGAGCAGGAACUGGAUGCGCUCAGGCCGUUCUUUGACGGCGGAUGACUGACACGGACCCCUCAGGGGUGCUGAGAGACGCCUUCUCGAGCAAUCUGAAGGAGCUGAAAAGGCAUGACUUCAACAAGGCCAUCACGGCCUGUGCCAAGACAGCUCGCUGGGCGGAGGCCUUGCAGUUGUUAUGGGACCGGGAGGAUGUGGACGUCAUCAGCUUCAAUGCCACCCUCUCUGCCUGUGAACGCGCCUCCCAGUGGCACUUCGCUCUUCACCUCCUGACCCUCUUCGAUGCGAAGAACGACGAACUCGAGGCCAUCGCUGAACAGGCUGCAAAGGAAAGAGCUUUCCCAAAGGCAGACAUCAUCAGCUAUAACACCAGCAUGAGUGCUUGCGAGAAAGGGCAUCAGUGGAGCUUGGCGCUUCGCCUUUACGAAGAGCUGCAGGAGAAGGCAUUACGACCAGAUCACAUCACCUACAGCGUGGCUUUGAAUGCUUGCCAGCAGUGGACCGAGGCCCUCGAGCUUCUGAAGCGACUCGAGGAGGUUGCCACCUCCACGACUGAUGGUCAGACGAAGCGUAGCUUUGGGGCAGCGCUGGGGGUGAUGGAAAAGGCGGCACAGUGGCGAAGCGCUGUGGCGCUGCUGCAGCGCAUGAGUGAAUUGACGAUCGGCGCGACCAGCCAAUCUGUGGCACUCACGGUGAGCGCGGCGGAGAGGGCUGACUCUUGGUGGGAGGCCUUGCAGCUCUUUGAGCAUUUCGAUCCGAACCUUCGGCUGAAUGGUCACAGCUUCACAGUGGCCUUGCGCGCUGCGGAGAAGGGGCGCCAGUGGUCGAAGGCUGUGUGGUUGCUGCAGCGGAUGCAGGUGGCGCGAGUGGAACCGAGUCAGCACAGCUUGAGUACCGUCCUGCAGAUCUGUUGGAAAGCGAAGCGUUGGCGGGAGGUUCUGAAGAUCUGUGAGGACACCAAUUAUCUUCCGACGCAGAUCUCAGACAUCCAGGCAUUGCUGAGCUCCUGCGAGCAGUCUGGUCGAUGGGAGUUCGCACUUGGCUUGCUCUCUAUCCCACAGCUCCGGUCCAUUAUGACCCAGCACCAGAUGCUUCAUCUUGCAGUGAGCGCCCUUGCUGGGCACUGGGAGAUGGCCUUGAGCCUUCUGAACGAGGCUGCGGAGCCGGACGUGCAUGCGUACAACGCCUUGCUCGAGGCGGUGCCACAUCCUUUGAAGCUUUGGAUCUUGGAAUCCCAGCUCCUUCCGUCCCUGAGCCCCUCCUCCUCGCAGCUCCACUUCCGCCGCCUGCCGGUGCGCCUGGGCCCGGCGGGCACACGCCGGGCGGUGCGCUGGUGGCUGCACCGCUGGGUGGAGCCCGUGUUACGCGAGCGGCGGAAGAGCUACAAGUGCAGCAUCUCAUGGGAGAGGCGAAGCUCUGGGGUGGAGUCGCAACUGGGAGCCCUGCAAUCUGGAGUGAUGCAGAUGUUGAAGCACGAGCGCCUGUGGGCCUCUGAGGAGAAGGGCCAAAUUGAGCUGGACUUGACGCGCAGAGAUCUCAAGACUUUGCGGUGCUUAGAACGUGCUGCGCGCAAGAGCCACGGGCCCAACCCAGGGGAGAGGAGCGAGGCCUCGUGGGAGCUGGAAACUCUGGAAGCCAAGCGCCAAGAACUCUCCAAGGGUUUGCAGGAGCUCACGGCAGCAGUGCGACAGGAGUCUCAGCUCAUCAGCCAGCUCACCUCAAAGGGAGAGGCCUUGCGCCGGGAGACACGCGCGCUGCGCACAGGCACGGAGGCUGCCAAGGAGAGCGAAGCUCGCGUGUGGCGCAACAUGGAGGAUCUGAAGGCCGCGGAGCAUGCGAUGUUCCAACGCGAGCAGCUUCUCCAGCGCCAGGCGCUCGAUCUGCGGGAGCUCGCGAAGCGUCUCCGGGCACAGUUGGAGGUGCGCCCCGUCAAUGGCAUGAACGAGGUCGCUGAUCAGCUCAACCGGAAGCUUGAGGCGAAAGUCGAGUUCUUGCGAAAGGAGCUCGAGCAAGAGAAGGCCAAGCACGCCGCGCACGCCGCAGAGCCCUUCUCCAGGAGCCCUGGCGGAGCAACGCCUGGUAGUUCACACCUGGUUGGCAGUGCCGGUGUCGCUGGCCGUGAGUGA